AUGUACACCGAUCCAGAUGAACUGGAUACCGACAUUGCGUCUAUCCAUGCAGAAAUCCGCAAUCUGCAAAAGCGCAAGCGCAUCCUCACCUCCAGUCUGUUAGCCACGGACCCAAUCCAAAAGCUGCUCCAAAAAGCCCCAGCAUCCGCCGUGAGCGACGAUCUAGCAGCGCUCUCCCCACUCGCUCAAGCAGCAGGCAAGCACAACGAAUUAAACCACCAUCGCAUCGCCUUCGGCGCAACUGCAUUUCCAUUCAAAGAUCCAUCCCCCAACAGCCCCAAGAACCUACUCGGUAUCCGCAUCGACGUCUGCACGCGCAAUGGCCAAUUCACCAAACCGUACUACAUCCUCCUCCGCAGCGAGCAGCGCGGUACCGAAAAGCGACUCCGUGUCCACCGCCACACAGUACCAGCAUGCAUUUCGAUGGCGAAGCUCGAAAGCGCAUACCUGUCGCGUCCGGUGCGCGACGCAGAUCCGGAACUAGCAAAGCCGUGGAAGGGCCGGAGACAGGAUCUGCGGGGAUUUGCGCGCGAGCUGCGGCGGGAGCUGGUGGGGUGGCAGAUGCGAGUGGAUGCGGUGGAAUUCCUGCGCGAGAAGCUGGGGCUGGAGGGGAGAUAUACUCUGGAGGGGUCCCCGGAUCGGGAUACAGGGGUGGUUUCGGUUGCGGCGGCGUCGUUGGAGGCGCGAUAUGUACGGUUGGAGUGGGAAGAUGGGCGGGUGGGACGGUUCAAGUUGUCGAAUGGGGGGAUCGUGGAGCGGGCUGUUGUGAUUGGGGAUCAGGGACGUGAUAAGAAGACGGAGGAUAUGAUGACUGGAGGGGGAGGGAGGGUUGAGACGGUUUUGGAUCGAUUGAGGGUGGAAAAUCGAUUGAGGGUGGAAAGGGUCUCUACUUCCACGUCGUCUGUGUGA